AUGUUUCGCUGCACUCUUGCCAUGUCGAACAGGAGCAUACAGUGUCAGGGGAUUGCAACAUCCACGAAGAAGCGAUGCUGCAAAGCAGCCAAGCCGGGAUUCGCGUAUUGCCACUUGCAUCUGCCUCGUUGCGACAACAAGGAAGCUCUGCAAUGCAAGGGGAUUGCCAAAUCAACCAAAAAGCAAUGCCGCAAAACAGCCAAGUCGGGAUUUGAGUAUUGCCACUUGCAUUUGCCUUGUUGCCAACACAAGACCGAUGGAACAUCCAUCAAGGCCAGUACACUCGAGAAAUUUGACUAUAGAUUCCAUGCUGUAUCGGGCAGACUCAGCACUGAUCCACAAGAGUUUCGCAAGCAAAGCCUUCGUUCGUCAAAGCAACACUGCGUUGCCGUUUGGGACUACCGCAAGCAUCGAGAUGCCUACACGUCUUUCAAACAAAAGGAUUUGACCCAAGGCAGCACGGAACUGGACCACGUCUUGGAACUUCAUGUGGUUCGUGAUGCGUUCGACUUGGUAAAGCCUCAAGGUACUGGAUUUCGAAGCAGGAAGGCGGCACUGAAAGAGAGACUCAAGACGGUCCUCAACGAAAAGGAGAAUUUGAAUUUCACUUUAGAAGUUGUGAAUCAAACCAAGUUUCGCGGGGUCUAUGCGUUCCAAAAAGCGUAUCUGAUGGGAACCGUUUGUCCGGGAUUGGUCCCAUACUUGAAGGAAGAGUGGCAGAAACGAUGGGAUGAAUCCAACAAAAACACGCGACUGCGUCGAAGAGUGACUCGGCGGAUUGGAGAGGAGAUUGUCAAAUCGUACGACCACGUGCGUGACUCUCUUCGGGAUGAGGAUUUGCUUCAGGGUCAGUUGAUUGAGCUUUUGCAUGACAAUAUGGUGGCCAUGUGGCUUUGGUAG